AUGGCCUGGGAUCACUACAUGACCCUGCUACUGCUGGUGGCAGCCACCCUGGGCCUGGGUCAGGGACCACAUCCCGACUUUGGCCUCCAGCACAGAUAUGAUUGUGGGGUCCGGGGCAUGCAGCUACUGGUGUUCCCCAGACCAGGCCAGACCAUCCUUUUCAAGGUGCUGGAUGAAUUUGGGAACCGAUUUGAGGUGAAUAACUGCUCCAUCUGCUACCAUUGGGUCACCUCUGAACCCCAGGAGCCCGCCGUCUUCUCUGCUGAUUACAAAGGCUGCCAUGUGCUGGAGAAGGAUGGACAUUACUACCUGAGGGUAUUCAUAGAAGCUGUGCUGCCUGAUGGCCGUGUGGAUGUAGCACAAGCUGUCACUCUGAUCUGCCCCAAACCUGACCACGCCUGGACUCUGGACCCUCCCCUAAUACCACCUACCAUGUCCUCAUCUUCUACCCCUCAUACUCUUCCCCUCCAUUCCACCUCCAGCCACUCCUGGACUGACUCUGGCUAUGCCUUUUCUAGUGCAUUGUACCCAGAGCACAGCUUUGUCUACCCAACUCCUUCACCAUUCCUGGAACCUGGACCUGCCCUCUCCACUCUGCCUCAACCCCAGUGGGGCACGACGGGACACUGGGAAGCAACAGAGCCUUAUUACAUAGGUACCCAUCUAUCCCAGGAGCAGUGCCAGGUGGCCUCUGGGCACAUCCCCUGCAUGGUAAGAAGUAAAUAUAAGGAAGCCUGUCAGAAGGCCGGCUGCUGCUAUGACAACACCAGAGAGGUACCCUGUUACUAUGGCAACACAGCCACCAUCCAGUGUUUCAGAAGUGGCUACUUCAUCCUGGUCAUGUCCCAAGAAAUGGCCUUGGCACACAGGAUCACACUGGCUAAUGUCCACCUGGCCUACGCCCCUACCCGCUGCUCUCCAACCCAGAAGACAAGAGAUUUUGUGAUUUUCCAUGUCCCUCUCACCCACUGUGGUACCACUGUCCAGGUGGUCGGCAACCAGCUCAUCUAUGAGAACCAGUUGGUGUCUGACAUUCAUGUCCAAGAGGGGCCACAGGGUUCCAUCACUCGGGAUAGCACCUUCCGGCUUCAUGUCCGCUGUAUCUUCAAUGCUGGUGACUUCCUACCCAUCCAGGCAUCCAUCUACCCACCCCCAUCACCUGCCCCUGUGACACAGGUUGGUCCCCUGCGGCUGGAGAUGCGAAUUGCCAAAGACCAAACUUUUAGCACCUACUAUGGGGAAAAGGACUAUCCCCUCGUGAGGGUGCUUCAGGAGCCUGUCCAUGUGGAAGUCCGUCUCCUGCAGAGAACAGACCCCAGUCUGGUCCUGGUGCUACACGAGUGCUGGGCCACUCCCAGCGCCAACCCCUUCCAGCAGCCUCAGUGGCCCAUCCUGUCUGAUGGGUGUCCUUUCAGGGGUGACAGCUACAGAACCCAAAUGGUAGCCUUGGACAGGGCAGAGCUGCCAUUCAGUUCUCACUACCAACGCUUCACUGUUGCCACCUUCACCCUCCUGGACUCCAGCUCCCAGAGAGCCCUCAGGGGAGAGGUCUACUUCUUCUGCAAUGCCUCUGCCUGCUACCCAGCAGGGUUGGAGACGUGCUCAACGGUGUGCAGUUCUGGGACUACACGACGGCGACGAUCUUCAGGGCACCACAACACCACUGGCAGGCCCCUGGACAUCGUGAGCUCUCCAGGAGCUGUGGGCUUUGAGGACUCAUAUGAACUGCAGUCCCCAGGCUCCAACGGGAACUCCAACCUGAGGCCUCUGCUCUGGGUGCUCCUCUUGCUGCUGGCUAUUGCCCUGGUCGUGGGGGUUGGUAUUUUUGUGGGCCUAAGCCAGACCUGGGCCCAGAAGCUCUGGGAAGGCACCACUCGGUGAGUGGGCUCAAUAAAACACUGUUCCAA